AUGCCUCUGUUCCAGGCUUUCACGAGCUUCUUUGGCGGGGGAUCCCAGAAGCGGAUGGACAAGGACACGUUCAGCUUGCCGACAACAUCGGGCUCUACAAAAUAUGACCUGGGCUUGGUGCGUGUCUCUCCUUCCUCCCCUGCGCGUGGGGCACAAGGGCCGACCGUUGCCCGUCAACCUCGGUUACGCCGUGACCUAGCACGACUCCGCCUUCUCAGCCUACGGACUUCAGGUCAGCCGUCUGCUCCGCGGAGCUGGUUGUUUGCGUCGGAGCGGCCACGCUGGCGCAACGCACGCAGGUCGCUUGGCGCGAAACUCAACCGAUCGUCUGAGAAUUGGAUGGCGUCGUGUAUCAGUGCUCCACGUGCUCCCAUGCAAUGUACCAUCACAGCACCAGCUAACGCGUCCCAGAACCCUCAAGACUCCCCCGGACCAAGUCGACGUGCGUCGGGCCAGUUCCCGGCGGGUCCCAGCGGUGCCGCGAGCGGCGCCAACUAUCCUCCCCUUUCGCACACGUUCUACCGCCUGCGCAACGUCUUGGCAGGCUCGUACCCGGAGCUGAUCGAGUCGCUCAACUUCCCUGCGACUCAGGAGGCAUUGCAAGAGUUCGAGCAGAUGCUGGGUUCGCCUCUUCCUCCGGCUGUUCGCGAGUCCUUCCUCCAGGCCGACGGCCAGGACCUCGAGGCCAACAACCCGGCCGGCAUCUUCUACGGCCUGCAACUGCUGCCGUUAGACGAAGCUAUCCGGGAAUGGACGUACUGGCGCCAGGUUGAGGCCGACCCCAGCACGGGCGCCAACCCUGCAGUCCUCGCGACCAUGGCGAGCAUUCCUCCCAAAUGGAUUAAGAGCGAGUACGCCAGCCGAGGUUGGAUUCCUCUUCUCUCCGAUCGUUCCGGCAACUAUGUUGGCGUGGACCUCGACCCCGGACCCGGCGGUGCCUGGGGCCAAGUCAUCAUCUUUGGCCGUGACUUCGACCGCAAGUGCGUUAUGUGGCGCGGCGAUGGCGACUGCGGAUGGGGCAUGUGGCUUUCUUCCCUCGUCGAAGAACUUGAGGCUGGAGAUGCCUGGGAGGUCGAUAACGGCGGCUCCGACGACGAGGAGGAAAUUGGCUACGAGAGCUACACCGGCGGUCGCGUCUAUGGCGAGGGUGCAGGCCUCGGUAUCAUGAAGCUCACCGGAGAGUACAAGGGAUGGGCCGUGCUCGAGGCCUGGUGGGACAGGAGUGUCGGCCACUGGGAAAAGCAGGGUCUCGGCAUGGACGUCGAGGAGAUUGAGCGCGGUCUCGAGGAGUCGCGCCGCCUGGCCACCGUGCCGGAGGAGAAUGGCAAGGGUAAGGCCCCCGAGCGAUCCAGCUUGGACAUGAGCGCCAUUCGCGCCGACUAUGUCUUGGAGACUCCUCUGGAGCGCGGAAACUCCACAGAGGAAACCGACUCGAUGCUUCGCCCGACGUCGCCAGAUUCAAACGCUAUUCCUCGCAUCCUUCACCCGCCGCGGCACUCUCCCAGCCGGCCCCAGAGCACUCGUCCUUCUGAGCCCUCGACUUCGGCGUCGGCACGCAUGUCUGUCGCUUCGUCCUCUACGGACGACCACCCCCUGAAGCCGGAUUCCGAGUUCCUAUCGCCGCCAACCGCGGCGCAGGCGCGCAAGCAGAAGCGCCCUCCUCCGCCAAGACCCGUCAUGAUCGACCUGCCGACCCGUGCGGAUGUGCAGGCUGCCCAGGCUGUCGCGCUGGCAGAAGAGUCUGGUCUUCGUGGCGGAUGGGUCAUGAACCUGGACACGAGUGCUGGUGCCGCGCAGCGCCGUGCUCGAGGACACGGCGUUAGUCCUUCGCUCGAUGCCGAGAUGGUCGACAUUGACCUCGAGGCUGGACGCGGAGACAUGUUUGGUGCCUCCCUCACGGCCGCUGAACUCGAGAAGCAGCGCGAGGAGGACCGCCUGUCGCUGGCGGGCAUUGAGCAGCGCCGCGGCUCUGGAUCGCGCAGCCCGAGUCUCCUUAACAUGGUGUCUCACCGUGCGCCGUCCCCGCUCGCGCGCAGUACCGCUGCGUCGCCGCCUGUCGAGGGCAGCCUUCCGUCGCCGCUGAUCCGCUCCCCUGUGUCGGCGACGAGCCCGCCCCCGAAUCCGAACUCGAUCCGCGUCCCGCCGACUGCGCGCUCGCCGUCGCCGGCGGUCCCGGACCAGGAACGGGAAGUCGUGCGUGCUGGCUCUCGCCGCGGGUCGACGGUGGUCCGCGAGCGUGAGAACAGCUCGGACUCGCGCGCGGGUCUGCUCGAGCGCACGAACAGCGGCAGCGGUCGCAACACGCCGUCGAACAGCCUCGACAAGGUGCUCUCGCCGACGUCGACGUCGGACGGCGUCGCGGGCAACCUGACCGAGGAGCCCAAGGCGAUCGCGGACCUCGCAGAUGGCAUGGAGGAGGUCGCCCUCGUAUAG